UUAUGUAUUUUUAUUAUUUAUUUCCCAUCUAUUAACUUUGAAGUAAAUUUAACGUUUUUUUAACAACCUUUGAUAUACCAGUCGAAGUGUCAAGUAAAACUGUAUGCUGUCCUUGACACAUAGCUGUCUGAUUGCUGUGUGGUGGAUUGUGUCUAAUAUUUUCAUGGAGGGAAUGCGGUAUUGAUAUCAGUGCUGUCAUAUUGUUUUUAUUACUUAUGUCAGUACUGUAAAUAUUACAGAAACAAUGGCGGAACCUGGCUCAGGCUUUGAUUCCAGAGGCCUAGCACUUCGUGCCCAGAAGAAGCUGCUCGGCAAAAUGUCCAGUAAAUCUAUGGCCAAGCAUUUCAUUGACGACACAACGGGCCGCGUGUUGGACAACACCUACAGGCUUCUCAAGGAAUACCUGGCAUCGAAGAAGGAGGCGGAGAAGAUCAUCAAGUACAUGAUCAAGACAGUGGUGAAGGUGGGAAUUCUGUACCGCAACGACCAGUUCAAUGCGGACGAACUGAAGAUUGUCGACGACUUCAAGCAGAAGUUCCACUCUCUGGCCAUGACGGUGAUCAGCUUCCACGAGGUGGACUUCACGUUCGACUGCACCUUCCUGUGUAAGACACUGGAGGAGUGCCGCGCCAUGCUGCAGACCCUCAUCGCCAGGCACCUCACCGAGAAGUCCAAGUCGCGCGUCGACAUUGUGUUCAACUUCUUCGGGAAUCCAGACCUCCUGGACACAGUCUUCCAAACGGAAGGCAAAUACAGAAACACUUUCGACCUCAUUGUGCAGGACAUGCACAAGAUGAUUGACGAGGGGAACCUUUGACCAUCUGCCCAUCCAUCCAUCCAUCCAUCCAAGAUGGGAUUCCAUGGGUACAGGCCCAUACACAGAAUGAAUGCACAAGCAGCCUGUACUUACAGAAUGCACAAGCAGCAUCAUGUGCUUACAGAAUGCAUAAGCUUCAUUUGUUUGCAGAAUGCGAUGAUAACGGUUCAGACCCAUACACAGAAUGCACAAGCGUCAUGUGUUUACAGAAUGCACAAGCAGCAUGUGCUUACAGAAUGCACAAGCAGCAUGUGCUUACAGAAUGCACAAGCAGCAUGUGCUUACAGAAUGCACAAGCAGCAUGUGCUUACAGAAUGCACAAGCAGCAUGUGCUUACAGAAUGCACAAGCAGCAUGUGCUUACAGAAUACAUAAGCUUCAUUUGCUUACAGAAUGCAAUGAUAUCAUUCAGGCAGGUAUCCAGGCCCAUAACCAAUUCAGGCUGAUACACAGAGAUGGGGUGCAGAGAGAGUGUAAAAAAAAUUAAAAUGAAGGCCUACCAUUUAUUCUAGAAAACAAAAUGCAUUUAAAGAAAAACAACCAUCAUUUGGAAAUCAUCUGUUUUGCCUGCAGUUCGGCAAUGCAUUUCUGUUUGUUGUGAUCCAAGUGCUUUAUGGACAACAUGACCCCAAAUGUUUUAAUGCAAGAGCUAGAAGUUCAUUAUGUCAGCAUAUUGAAUGUUGCAGUUAAAAAUGAAUAGAAAUGAAAGUGUGUGUGUGGUGUACUUAAAAUACAAGGUUUAACAGAGACAGUAAGAUACCAGAUCAAAGUUAGUUGCCCAGUGAGAAGCUGCAACAAUAUGUCUCACUGGCCAAAGAGCAAAUCACAUCUUCAUUCUUUUAUUGCUGCCAUUCUGUUUAUCUCUGAUGACUUAGUCUCCAGAAUUCUAUGGAAUUACAGCAGAGAUUAACAGAAUUUAUGAUUAAUUCAGACAACACUGGUAGUAUGGCAGUCCUGUAUCUAUGGAAUCCUGCUUCACAUCUAAAACUAUGCAGUAUUUACUUUGUGUAAAAACUAUACAGUCAUUUGUUUUACUUUGUAUUAUUGUGUAUCAUAAUGUAUUCUAAAAUAAUAGUUGUUUUACAUUGUACAUUUAUUGAUCACAGUGUACUAAAUGUUUGGUUACAAGCUUGGGAUUUGUGGGUGGGGGGUCCUUUUUUUUUCAAGAUGGAUAGUUCUCCCAGUUGCUAUUCAUAACCCAGCUAGGGCCUGACUUUUAUUUUUUUGGGAGAUACAUGUGUAAUAAAUAUAAAAAAGAUACAAUAUAAAAACUUUUGUUAUAAAAUCAAAACUAAAAAUAAUUAUUGUAUAAGUUGAAAAGUAAAUGGAGCAUUAAUUUCGAAGAAAACUGAUAUAUCCAUUUAACAUCAUUUUGAGAAAAACAUCAUUUUGUUGCAAAAUUACAGUUUACAUAGCAUACAUGUAUAUCACAUAAAACACAGUUUUAAGAUCCUGUUCAGUGGGUACAGAUCGCAUUUUGACGGAAACACUAUUGUCGUUCUACUAACAUCAGUAUACCUUCACUGCAAACACCAAAAUUUGGAAAUUGGCAAAUAUUGUAUACCGUAUCAUAUCUUGGAAAUGAAUUCUUAAAUGUAAGCAGACAUUUUGGACAAUUUUAAUCUGUUUUAUAGUUGACCCAUCAGGCGUGUGUAAUUUUUCAAUAUAUUUUCCAGGGGAACAUGAUUUGACAGGAACUUCGGUCACCAGUCUAGAUUGUGCCCUACUAAAAUUUCUGUACACACGCUUGCACAUGGGGAAACAUACAUGUAACAAAAAUAACAGUAUAGUCAUACACAUAAUGGCAGUGAUUUUGUUUUCUAAAUCUCUAGACAAAAUUUAGAUCAUGUUUAAGUGUCUCAAGUUUGUACUAUAGUUGCUGAUUAAAGAAUUCUGAAAUUUGG